GUUUUAAAACAAUUUUUUUAGAACACUUUGUUUUUAAAAAUAGUUUGGCCACUCUGAUGAGUGGUACUCGAUCACAACAAAACUCUUCUCGCCCAAGAAAAACAAGACGUGAUAAUAGUCCUUCUGGGAAACGAGAAAAAUCAGGUGAAACUCGGAGACCACGCUCAGAUCAUGAUAGACUCCAAAGUGAUUCUGACUUAUACAAACAAGAUGAACGUAAUAAGGAUGAACGCGAUAAGGAGAGAAAAAGACGUGAUGUGAAUUCAACAAAAGUAGUCAAGCGGCUAAGAAGCCCACGACAAUUGAAAGAAACAAACUCUUUGAAAAGUCUUGCUUCAAAAAAAGAUCCUAAACUGAGAAAUGAGAUAAAAGAGAAAGUACGUCCGGAAAAAAAACCAUCAGAGAUAAUCGAGCGGUUUCAUCCUCUAUUUCAAGAUAACUCACGGUUGGCACAGCUAAUCUCACAAAUAACUAAUACUCAAGAUGAUAUUUCAAAACGUAUUUCAACAGCUCAAGCCUUUUUGGACUUCAUAUAUGAUGCAGCUCAAAUUGAGCCGCUUAAACGUAACUGCUCAAAUAUUUUUUCUGCUCUUGAAGAAGUUUUUCGAGAAAGAGGUAACAACGAGCUAAAAGAUAAAAUAGUGCAGUGUUACGCUUCUGUUGGCCAUGUGCUUGGAAUUGACUGUGAUAAAUUUUUUCAAUGGAUAUUUUCCAAAAUACCAUCAGCUGUAGAUGAUCAACUGCGUGCUCUCUAUUUGUCCACAAUCGCUCAGGCUAUCAAAUUAGAUAUUGGGAAACAGGUUUUUCUAGAUACUAUGCCUAUGAUUAUGGCAAGUUUGCAAGAUGUAUUAGAAAAUGCUGAUGCACCAGAUUUGCUGAUCAUAAUUUUGGAUAUUUUAAAAAUUGUUGCACAUGACUACCCACAUAUAUUUAGUGAUUACUUUAGAGAUGCUGUAGAUAUUCUAGUUGGGUGGCAUAUUGAUGUUUCACAGAAUGAUUUACUAAUUGAAAAAACUGCAGAUUGUCUUGUAAGCUUUCACCCUUAUUGGGUCUCAGACAUGCGGUUUUCUUUAACAUUACUAGGACAGUUUCUUGAAGAUAUGGAGGCUUAUGCUGAGGAGUUAGGUGGUAUUACAAAUUGCAAGUUUAGUAAAGAAGACACACCAUCUCCUUUAGUAUCAUUAUCAAAACUUACUGCUCUUACCGGGGUUUUUACUACAGUUGUGACAGGAUUAGGUGAAUAUUUUAGUCCUGGGAGAGAAGCAAAGAUUACUGGAAAUUAUGUUGUGGAGACUGUUGAUCGAAUUAUACAUUGUGUUGAUAUUUGUGGUUACGAUCUUAAAUAUGAAAAACUUCUCAGUUCAGCAAAUAAAUGUUUAACGGUGUUAGUUGGUUUAUUGGGCCAUAAUAUAAGCAUGUGCUGUGUGAAGUUGGUUGGUUUUGUCAACUCUCAACUAGGAUGCAACCAUUAUCUCUCUUAUGAUUUACUCAAGUCUGCUCUUCAUUUAAUUGAGAUAAUUACUAAUGUAGGCCAAUCACUGCCAAUGGGUAUAAUUCCAGAGCUUUUACAACCAAAAAAACCUCUUAUGACACUUAGAUGUCAUGUUGAUCCUGACAUUUUAAAAAUAAUACUUAAGAUAUUCCAAACCUUAUUGAGCAUAAAAAACAUACCAUUUUUGGAAGCUGUUUAUAAAUAUGUUGUUGAUGACAUCAAAAUGGCGUACAACAUUUUGGUUAGAAGUGUUAGUGAUCAAGAGAUUUCUUCUGAAACCAAACAGGUUGAAGAAGAAAGCAUUUCUACAAGUGACGCAUACUGUAUUGUCAUAUUUGAUUUAUCAGCUCUUGCUGAAAUCGCUACUUUUAAGUCAUCAGUCACUGGUGCUUGGAGAGUUGAUCCAACCACUUAUAGUUUGUUAACUGAAAGCCUUGAUCCUACAGAUGAACAACUUGUUAUUAAUUAUCCAGCAGUGCAAUUUUCAAUACUUAGUUGUCUCUUUGUACAUUCACAAAGGUGUAAUCAUUUUAUACCUAGUUCAAAAACAAAAAGUGCCAUUCAUUCUUUCGAAUCUCAACAUUUAAUUAAAAUGUUAUGCAAAAUAUCCACCAGCCAGUUUACUUCUGUUGACACCAAAUGUUUGUGUAGCAUAUGGUUAAGUGACAUCAUUAACUCAAUAGCAGCUCUGCCUAUGGAUUUACAGAAACGCCAAUGGAAUGUUACACAAGUAGUUAAUGCUCUAGUUGUUCUUUCAUAUGAUGUUGAUCAAUCGAUUAGAGAUGAAAUUGCAAAUUCCAUAAUAAAAGUCACAAGUACUGGACUUAUCAAUCCUAUAGUUUUGGGAAAGUUAUUGGCAGAAUGUUUGCCACACUUGACAAAUAAAAAUCUUCAAGAAAAGUAUUUUAAAAUGAUUUUAACAUUUCCAGCUGACAUUCUUGCCAGCCUUCCAACUGUUUUACUAUCUUCUAAUAAACUAAAGUCAGCUACAUUAAAUCGUUCUUUAUUUGUGACCUGUAAAAAUGAUUUGUGGUUGUUGUGUAAGCAGCAUAUGCUUCGUGCUCCUUCUGGAACUAUGCAUACACAUGCAUUUAAAAUAGUUAUGAGACACUUGUUGCAGCCAAAAGAGAGUAAAGAAGCAAACUGGUCAGGUGAACAUAUAUAUUUAGCUUGCCAGCGUCUAGGUAAAGUAUUAAAUCCUGUUUGUGCUGAACUGAUAAAUUGCCAGAGAUUUUCAUCAAAUGUGGAUACUGCAUUUCCUUUAAAUGCAACCAUGUUUGAUGGACUAGUUUGGUUUUGGCUUAUUUGGGAAGCUGCAAAUUUUUGUAUAAUAUAUAGGUUAAAAACUCCACUUGGAAAGGCUCUUGAUACAUUUCAAGCUAUAGAAGGUGCUUUAAAAGAGCUUGAUGAAAAAUUCAGAGAAAAGAAUAAUUUGGAAAGUGGGUCGAAGAAAAAUAAAAACAAAACUAGUGAAAAAUCAUUUGAAGAUUUUCCAAGAGAAGUUUACAUGAAGCAAGCAUUUGUGUUACUAUUGUUUUUGGAAAAUCUAGAAAAAUUAAUGUAUAAUGCUUAUGAAGGGACAGCCAUAUCUUUACCACCAUGUAUCAGAGCAGUGAGAACAUUUUUUCGAACUAAUAGAAGCACUUGUUGUGAGUGGUUAAGUCGCAUACAAGAGAGUGUCACUGUUUUAGCUAACAUGAGUGGAAAUCCUGAAAAAGCUGUUAGAAAUGGAUAUCUUUGGCUUCAAAGUUUGAAAAACUCAGGCAAUACACAAGGGUCUGACUUUGAACAUGCAAUUGUUACUGUGGUUGAUUCUCUUAUGCAAUUGCAUUGUUAUGAAAGUAUUUAUGGUGUUCUAGAAUGGUCAAGAAAAGUAGUUGGAAGAUAUUUUUUUUGGCUUUAUGGUGCUACUACUAAAGCAAAAGGAAGCUUGGAGAGUGCAGCCGAGCAGUUCAAAUCAGCCUUGGCACAUUACUUGUUGCCUGACCGUUUAAAAGAAGAAAAUAUAAAUGAAACUAAGAAAACUACUGUAACUGUGCUUACCAAAGAUCCUGCUAUAAAUGCUGACCCAUUAAGCACUCAGUUCCUUGUUUCUCAAACUGCUGAUUGUUACUUGCAACUUUGUGAUUGGACUGAAGUACAAAAAUGGAACCAACAUGUAAUGGAGCUGAAGCGCAAAUAUCCCUCAUUGCAUGGCUUACAUACUACUAUUGAUUUGAGCUAUGUUAAAGCUAUGAUGAAGUUUGAAGACCAUGAUUUUGCUGGAGUUCAUGAACAGCUAGAAAUGAUACCAGGUGCUACUAUGUCAAAUAUGCUGCAAGAACAAUUCCCUGUUCUUGGAACAGUAAAAGAAGAAAAAGGUUAUCAAUCUAAUUCAAAAAAUGAUGAUGAUACAAAUAAUUUAUUUAUGAUGGCUGAUGGAAUGUCACCUCAAGCCAUGUUGUGCCAAAGUAGAAUUUUCUUAAUGCAAGCACUAACUCUAUAUUGGACUUCUGGUUUAAAUACUUUAAAAGGAAGUCGUGUUGGCAGCCUACACAGUUCAGCCUGGGAGACUGUUGAUAAUUUACUUUAUCAAGCUAACAAGUCUGCUACUAUCCCACUUCAAACUUUCAUGCUAAAUAAUUCAUUGAACAAUAGUGCUUCAUUUCUUAUGCAGUUAAAGUCAAUAGCAGCUAUACGUGAAGCUCUUAUGAGUACUGAAGCAGAGCAGGAUUCUAAUGUAACUUUUAUGAAUGUUUAUGGUCAAACACCAUAUAUUGAUGCCCAUAAAACAGAUAUUUGCUUGUUAAAUGAAGCAUUACGUACUGCAUCAUAUUUACAAUUUCACCACACUUUGCAUAAGAAGGGUUGGGUUGGUCCUGCAGUCAGUGCACAAGACAAGCUACCUAAUGUUCAAACUAUCCAGACAAUGACAGCUAAAUUAGCAAGAAUACAAGGAAAUAAAAAGCUUGCAGAAUCUUUAUUAGCAAAGCAGUUAAGUAUGCUAGAAUCUAAAGGAGCGAUUGACGGAAAGAUGUACCUGACUGGAGGUGCCCAAUUAAAGUUGAAGCAGCUUUCAGCAUCAGUUAAUUCUGGAAAAGUUAUUGAUCAUCUUGCUACAGUUGAUAUUUUAAAAGAAUCUGCCAAGUUAAAACGAACUCUUGGAAAUUAUUCUGAAGCAAUUGAUGUUUUGUGUUCAAGCAUUCUUCUAUCUGAACGUCAGCUUCUUGGAUCAAAUAGCAAAUCAACUAACAUUCACGGUAAAUUAUCUGAGAUAUCUUCAAGAUCAUUUGUAACUUUGGCAAAAUGGAUUCUUACAGAACCACGUUUUCUUACUUCAGUUGGAGAAGCUGAUGAUGCAGUAGUUAUUGGCCCUAAAGUUAGAGAAGUCUUAAAAAUAGUUACAAAAUCUGGAGGUAUUGGAACUAAGUUGCUUCAGAAUUCAUUUGCUAACAAUCUAUCAAUGUCUGAAGGUGAUGUUGCAUGUGGACAGUUGUUAUAUCACAGUACAUAUCGUUGUAGUACACUUGGUAAAACGUGGUUUGCUUAUGCUGACUGGUGUUAUAAAUGGGGAAGAAAAGCUGUCGAAAAAGAGAGCAUGUUUGGAAGCAUUGAUCUUCUUGAAGAAGAAAAAGAAGGAGUUGUUAAGAUUCUUCCACAAGGUAUACCUCCUGAUGUUGUAGAAAAAAUAAUUGGUAUUCUUAGUAAAGCGCAUUGUGCCAAAGAGUAUAUAUCUGAAGAAGAUGAUAUGUCUUCUAAUGUUUUAAGUUAUGAGGAUUCAUCAUCUAGUGAUGAAGAAAAACUAAAUCAACAAUUACUUAACGUAGCUGAAGAUUAUUUAAAAAAUCGAGAUGAUACAUUGAAAUCUCUGUUAGGAAUUUGGAAAAAUAUCAUUGAUAGAGUAUUCACACAUUAUCGCCAAGCUGCAUCAGCAUACUUUACUUACUUGAAGCUAUCUGGGACUGAGUCAAUUACUGGGACUGAGCCACACAAACACUGUGAAUAUGGAAACAUUACAGCAACAUUGAGGUUGCUUCGUUUGCUUGUAAAGUAUUCUGGAGAAUUAAAACAACACUUAGAAACUUCAUUUGAACAAACUCCUACAAAACCUUGGAAAGGAAUAAUUCCUCAACUAUUUGCGCGUCUCAACCAUCCUGAACCAUAUGUGCAAAAGUGUGUUGCAAAUUUGCUGUGUCGUUUAGCUAAAGAUUCACCUCAGUCAAUAGUUUAUCAAACUGUUGUUGGAUGUUCAGAUAUUAUGCCACAGCAACAAAUUAGUAAAACUUCUGCUGCUGGAAUCCUUCGAGCCUACCAUUAUCAAGGUGAUGAUGAAUGUGAGCAACCUGUUGAAGAAGAUAUUUCUUGCAUUGAAUUGCCAGUUGAAGCUCCUGCACCAUCACAAGAAGACGUAGCUUUUAUCUCUAUAGAAGAGCGUGUUAUGCAGUCAUCUUUGCAUACAAUACUUGAUGCUUUAAAUGAAGAUGAUUGCAAUCUUGUACAAGAAGUCAAGUGUGUAGUUUCAGAGUUACGAAGAAUCACACUUUUGUGGGAUGAGCUUUGGCUGGGAUCUCUCACUCAAUUACAUCAAGAAGCGCAAAGGAGGAUGUCUCAACUUGAUACCGAAAUUAAGCGUGUGAAUGUGAAUCAAACUUUGACUCAUAGCCAGAAGCAAAUCUUAAUAAAAGAAAAGCACACUGCCCUUAUGAGACCAUUGAUUUAUGCUCUUGAAAGACUUCAAAAAAUUACAUCUCAAGUGCCUGAAACUGCUCAUGAAAGGAUGUUUCAAGCUAACUUUGCAUCACAAAUUGAUAAGGCUAUAGAUGCUGUUAAAAAUCCAAUAGAUCCUUCUAAACCAGAACUUAACUGGGAAAAUGUAAAGCAGUUGUAUCAAACAUUACAAAUUCGAGCUCAAAAGCACCCAAUGUCAAACUUAAAAAUGGAAGAACUUAGUCCAAUUUUAACAAGAAAUAAAUUUUCUCUUGUUCCUAUGCCUGGUAUUGAUCAAAAUGUUGACCAGGAGAUUAGACUUCAAGGUUUUCGAAAUGAGAUACAAAUAUUGCCAACGAAAACAAAACCAAAGAAACUUAUUAUGAUUGGAUCUGAUGGUCAACAAUAUCCAUACUUAUUCAAAGGAUUAGAAGAUUUGCAUUUGGAUGAAAGAAUCAUGCAGUUUUUAGAGAUUUGUAACCACAUGUUUUCUAAAGAAGAUAGGGCAAAUGAGCAGAGAUAUUAUGCACAACAUUAUUCUGUAACUCCACUUGGUCCACGAUCAGGGCUAAUUCAAUGGGUAGACGGUGCUACACCUUUAUUUACAUUAUAUCGUCGUUGGCAACAAAGAGAGUCAGCUUCUCAAGCAAUAAUGAAAAAUCAAGGGGAUAAAAAUGUGCAAAAUGCUGUGCGUCCCACCGAGUUAUUUUAUAAUAAAGUUAUGCCAUUUCUAAAGGAAAAGGGUUUAGAUUCUAAUUUAAAUAGAAAAGAAUGGCCUUUAUCAGUACUUCGAAAAACAUUUCAAGAGCUUUGUAAUGAUACACCUGAUGACUUACUUAGCAGAGAACUUUGGUGUUCAAGUGCAAAUUCAGUAGAUUGGUGGAAAAUGACGCAAACAUAUUCUCGGUCAAUUGCUGUUAUGUCUAUGAUUGGUUAUGUAAUUGGCUUAGGAGAUCGGCAUUUAGAUAAUAUUCUCGUAGAUUUGACUACUGGAGAGGUUAUUCAUAUUGACUACAAUGUAUGUUUUGAGAAAGGUAAAGCACUUCGUGUACCAGAAAAAGUUCCUUUUCGAAUGACACGAAAUAUGCAAGUUGCGCUUGGAGUUGUUGGCGUUGAGGGAAUCUUUCGAAAUUCGUGUGAAAAAGUUAUGCAAACUCUUCGUCAGGGUAGAGAGAUACUUUUAACACUUCUUGAAGCAUUUGUUUAUGAUCCAUUAGUUGACUGGACAAUAGCAAAUGAUGCUGCAUUUGCAGGAGCUUUUUAUGGUGGCGGUGGACCAGCUGAUGAAACGUAUAAGUAUCGUAAAGAAAUGGAACGUGGAAUAACUCAGACUUUGUUAUCUACUAGGGUUGCAGAAAUGAAAGUUUCAUGGUCUGCAAAUAGAGAUGAGCUAACUAGUUCAUUAAACACUCUAAAAGGACUGCUUGAAAACUAUUGUAGUGCAUUAAAUUCACAGUGGUAUUCCUAUGAAGAAGUUGUUACUCUUAAACAUCAAGCGUCACUUUUAAAAGCUGCUCUAAGCAUUCCAGAUCAUCCAUUACAUAGUUUGCAAUCAAGAUAUGACAAACAAGCCAAGUUACUUUCUGAUUUGAAGCAUUGGAAAGAUAAAAUUACUUCAAAGCUUUCAGAGUGUGAGAAAAUGCAAAAUGAUUUUGAACAUGUUUUUCUUUGCAUUCACAAUGGUAGCAUUUCUAGUCUCUAUCCAGAAGUGUGUAAAGUUGUUGAUACUGGACCUCCAUGCUACUUGGCUGCUGUUGACUUUUUAAACAGUGCUGGUCAAUCAAAUAUUGUAGUUCAAGGAGAGCAGAUUGAAAUGGAGAUAGCUUCAACCCUAAAUCAGAGACGAUUAUCUCUACGAUCCUGUUUAGACACAGUAGUGUCUUACUCAUCAUUUGUUAGUCAAUUCUCUGCUAGUUAUGUAAAGCAUAGUAGUUUAUCAAAUUGGAUAUAUUUACUGAAUUCUCUGCUUAAUGAGUCUUCACUAAACAAAUGCAAAGAGGUAAUACAGAGUCAUCAAGAUUAUUUCCAUCGUAGAAAGUUGUUACUCAAAGAAAUUGAAUCAUCUGUUAUUGGAUUAGAAAAUAAGCUUCAUCAGUAUUUUACAGAACAAAAUAACAAGAUAAUAAAGUUGUAUGAACGAAGAAAUCAUGAACGAGCUGAAACAUCUUUGCUUUCUGGACCUGUUACAGAAACAUGGAAUGCUUUACGCAAGUUUAAUGGUGACGCUGGUACACCAGGUGCCAUAAGUUUAGCAUGUGUUACAGUAACAGCUCUUUCUACUUUAAAUAAGAGACAACUUGUUAUGGAAAAUGCUGCUGCAGUUGCUGGCGAUCGUUUAAUGCAUUUGACAUCUCGAGAUGGUGAUUGGUUUUUAGAUGAGUUAUGUACUAUGUGUAGUAAUAUUAAUCAAUUACUGUCAGUAUUAAAAAACAAUCCUUUGAAACAAAGUACUUUUAAAACCAAUCAAACUGAUUCGAUGGAUGGAAUAUUAUGUAGUAUGCAGGUGGUGGGUUCUGCUGUUAAGGCAUACAAUAGCUUGCAGGAACUGAUGUCAAAUUUCCGCUCAAUAAUUGUUCCUGAAGCAGUAAAAUCUUUUCUAAAUAACGACUCUUCUGUUUUGUACGUUACAGAGACUAUAAAUCAAAUUGUACAAAUGAGUUCAGUUAGCUUACUAAGUCUGUGUGAGCAAUUCCACAUGUGUUUUAAAGAAAAGAUUGAAGUCCCUGAAGAUCUUAUAAACAUUGUAAAUGGUUUAAAAAACCAUCUUGAUCAGCUGACUGAGGCUGAAAAUAUUGACCAAGGAGAAGAAAAUUCUAGUUCAAGUCAUAUGUCUCCUGGACAAAUGCUACUAGCAUGUUUUAGUGGUUUGUUUACUAAAGUUGAAGUUGAGCUAAUGGGGUUAUAUGAAGCAUAUAGAAAGGUUAAAAUCCCAUCAGGGUUUGACGAUUUAAAUCAAGACCAAAGAACUUUGCAGUUCAGUAAGAACAUAAGCCUUUCAUCAAAUUGCAAAUGGGCUAGCUUCUUGUUUUUAAAAAAACUGAUCACUAUACAGACUUUUUUCGAUGCCUGCCUUCAUCAGUCAACAGCCACUCGUGAAAUUAAUAUAUCAAUUCACACUUUAAAUUCUUCACCUGAUGAUGGAAGUGAAUCUGGUCGUAUGUUUAGAGUUUUCAAUGAAGAGCUUCUUUGUUUACCAGUCAAACAGUUUAUUGCUGAAUGUGUUCAGUGUUUUUUAGUUGGUUUACCUUCUCAAGCUGUCAAUGUUCUUUCAAUUUGCUAUGCCUCUCUUCUUGCCCCAAGCUUGCUUAAAGAUAUACAAGAGGGACGAAAGUUUGUAAGCUCAAUGGAAGAACUUUGCAAAAAAGUUGUUGAGGUGAACCUGAAGUCAAACAGUUUUCCUCACCAACAUUUAUCACAAGCUGGUACUUUGAUUAAUGCUCAUGAUGUUGCUUGGCGAAAGCAUGACCUAUCAAGGAGACUGGAUGCUUCAAUUUCUGCACAGAAAGAUGUUGUCCAACGAGCACAACAACAGCUGGCAAGAUAUCAAUGGCUAAAUGAAGAAAUUUUAUUUGUAAAUGGUAGAAAGCGCAAUCAACCACUAGCCAAUCCAACCAAAGCGUCAAUCAUAAAUGACAUAAAAAAGCGUAUGACAUCGAUCAAUCAAGUAGAGCAAUGUAUUCCAGGUUUAAUGGAAAAGUAUAAUCAACUUCAAUCUAGCAUAGAACAGCGUCUUAAGUGGGCAUCAGGUGCAAAUCCAGCUCUUCACAGUGUUUUGAAGAAUUUUGAUGAUGCUGUAACUAAAAGAAAGAAUUUUUUACUUUCUGAAAACAAACUGUUUCAAGAUGUUAUUAAUCUUGCUUCCUCGAUUAUUGCUAUGGAAACAUACAAAGCAAAUUUUCAUGAGUCGGACCUGUUUGAUCAAGCUGUUGUAUCAUCUGUUGUAAAGUUUAAAGAAUCCUGUGAAGCCUUUGAAACCUGUAUGGAUGAACUGGGUGAUGUGGAACAAUUCAUGAAUAGUCUUAAGAUUUCAAUGCCACCUCAUGAGCCUAUUACUAUUGAUUGGAUGAAAGCGAGACUUGAAAAAAUUGAAACACAAAUGAAGAGUAAGCGAGCAAAAGAUCCAAUAAUAAGAAAUGCUAUUCAAGUUGAAAGGGAAAAUUUAAAAAUGGAGUUGUCAGUUGUAAAAGCAAGCUUUACAUCUCAUCAUGCACUUGUGGGAGAGGUGAAAGCAAUGUUGAAAACGUUGGCAAAGGAUGAAGAAGCAGAAGAAUGUCUAAAUGUGCGAAAAUUUAUUCAGGCACAUAAUAAGUUUUCAGAUGACUCUUCCAUUGUUCUCAAGAAAAUACUUAACUUAAGUAGCACCAAUCGUAUUGAUGUAUCUGGUGAACUUGUACAACAAUAUGAAGAUGAUUCACGUGUAACUGUACAAAUGAUUGAGGAGCUUAUUACCAGCGUGAAAAUGUUACAUGAUCAGUUGUUAUUGUUUGGAAUGAGUAACUUAAAGUCAGAAUCAGAACAAAGUUUAUCUGUGUUAACUGAUUCGCAGUUAGACAAUGGAGGAAAAGGUUAUCCUGCACAGGGCAUUAGCAAUCUUGAAGGAAUUAAACCAACAUUGCCGCUAGCUAUUUCUAACACAAACAUUGGAAUUAAAAAUGGUGUAAUUGCUACAACACCAAGGAAACUUCAAGGUAAUGUUGCUCUGGCUCGAGAUCCUAAGACUGGAAAAGCUCUGCAAGAAAAGAACACUUACGCGCUUAAUGUUUGGAAGCGUGUGAAAGCAAAGCUGGAAGGUCGAGAUAUUGACAAUGCACAUCGUUUAUCUGUAUCUGAACAAGUUAGUCACGUGAUCGAUGAAGCAAUCGAUUUGGAUAACCUGUGUCAGUUAUACGAAGGUUGGACUCCUUGGGUAUAAAGAUAUGACUAACCCGUUAGCGUUGUUUAGUCAAGCCUAGCAAACCUUCGGUGCUAUGCUUCGUGUGCUGGCGUUGCUAUGCAGCUUCGCUUCAACACUCACAUUUCUCUAACGCUAUAUAUUUCAAGUAUGUUUGAUGCUUACAAUUUUUAAAACUGAAGCCCGUCCGAUGGAAACAUGUUGAAUAUAAAAUAGCGUUGACUAGUUAAUGAGGACAGUUAAUAGACAAGAAAAAGAGUUUCAAACUUUAUAUUAUACAAUGUAACUCUGGCUUUGGGAAAGUUGUUUUCACGAAAGAUGAAUAAUUGAUGAAGUUUAGUAAAAUAUUUCUUCAACAAGAAUAUUUCUAAAAUUAUCAUUAAUUUUUUCAUUAUGAAAUUCUUGAUUGUAAUUUAAAUAAAUAAUAAGAAUGGUGUUGUUUUUUAUAAAUGACAAUAAAUAUUUGACUAUAAAUGUAUAGACAUAUUAUAUAGAUAGAUUUACAAAGUAA